AUGGAGAUGACACAGUCCGCCUUGCGCGCCAUAUGCAAGGAUCACAAGCUCUACAGGACGCCCGCGCUUAAUGACAAUUUGUAUUGCAAUCAUAAGGGAUUUGUACGCCUCGCCAACCUAGAGGAGUACUGCAACCUCAAGGCGCUGUACCUGGAGGGCAACGUGCUGCGCUCGCUCGAGGGCCUGCCGCCGCUCACUGACCUCAAGUGCCUGUUCGUCCAGCACAACUGCCUGGUCACCCUCGCCGGCAUUGAGAACGCGCCCGGGCUUGUGUCCCUGAACGUCAGCAGCAACGGCCUCGCAUCCCUCGACGGCCUCGCCGCCUGCCCCCACCUCGCGUCCUUGGUGGCGGAGCACAACACCCUCGGGCCCCUCGAGGCCCUCGAGCCCCUGGCCGCCUGCCCCGAGCUCCAGACGCUUGACCUGCAGCACAACGAGAUCUCCGACCCAGAGAUCGUCGGCCUGCUGCGCCGGCUGCCGGCGCUGCGCUGCCUGUACCUCAAAGGCAACCCCGUAAUUGGGAAGCUGCCCAGCUACCGCAAGGCGCUGAUCUCGGCGCUGCCGGGGCUCACCUACCUUGACGACCGCCCCGUAUUCGAGGAGGAGCGGCGCUGCGCUGAGGCGUGGGCGCGCGGCGGCGUCGAGCAAGAGCGUGAGGAGCGGCAGCGCUGCCGCGAUGAGGAGGCGGCGGCGCGGCGGCGCAACUUUGAGUGGAUGCAGGAGCUGAGGCGCUCAGGCUUCCGAAAGCGCCGCGCCAUGCUGGGCCUGCCCCCGGGCGACACUGACCCUUUGCUUGAUGACAUGAGCGACGGCGAGCCGGACUUUGAGGAGCCCAUGGAGCUGGUGGACGCCCGCGCAAGGCUGGCAGAGCUGGUGCACGCGCGCGGGGGCGAGGCGCUGGCAGACCCGGCGUCAGCCGCUUUACUGCAGGCCGCCGGCGCGGGGCGCGGCGACGACGCGGCCGACCAAGGGCCUGUUGUUUCUGAAGCCGCCGCUGUUGCCGGUCACGAGGAAGACGACGCGCGGGACUACUUUGCGUCGGUCAGGGAGUGCCAAGCGGCGCUCGACGCCGGCGGCCCCGCCCUUAUGGCUUCCGCCCUGGGGGCAGUUCCGCAGCUGCCGGCGGCGCGGGCUGCGGGCGGAGCGGCGGCGGCAGUGGGGCUUGCUGUCGGCAUGGCGGCCAGCGACAGCGAGGGCGACGACACAGUGCCGGCGGCGCUGGCGGGAGCAGGGGCUGCUGUGGGUGCUGUCGAGCCAAAGGAGCUGGGAGAGGAGGAAAUUGCGGCACAGCCACUUGAUAGGAAGUCGCCUGCGGGCAAGCUGGUGGCAGAUGGCGCGCAUCCGGAUGGCGUGACCGCCCUUGCAAGCGGCGCAUGGGGCAGCAGUGACAGCGAGGCCAGCUCGUCGGGUGAUGAGCGCGAGCAGCAGGCAACAGCCGACGCCGCAACGGCCAUGGGCGGCCUUACGCCGGAGACCAGCCAGUGCACAGGGGCUGUGCUGCCUGACCCAGUUGCAGAGCCGCAGCCGCCCAGCGUGGCGGCGGCCCUGACAGAUUACUUGCCAAAUGGGGAGGCCGGGGCGCCGCUGGAGGGGACGGCGGAAGCGCGGCCGGCCGGCAUGGAGGCGGUGUGUGUGGCUGGAAGUGAGGAGGGCGCUGUGGUGGCCCCGGAAGAUGUGCAUCUGGUUGGCUGCGAAGAUUUGGAGCCUGAAGUGCCUUGCCAGCAGGGGCUGGGGGUGUUGGACCUGCUAUCGCUCGACUGA